UGUGGUGUUCGAUCAGCGUUAACAGAGAAAAUGCGAAAAAGUAAACCGAAACACCAAUAAUCUAAGAACUGUGAAUUAAAUUCAUUUUCUAUACAUCUUGUAUAAAACAUUUGUUCAAAAUGGAUGAACGGCAUUGGUGGAUUGCGGGUAAAAUCCAAGAAACUUUUAAAAUAGGUGGAAGUGAUAAUCCAUCCGUGCUUGAAGAGUUUAUGUGUGAAGAGUCGACACUGAAUAGGGUUAACAAGUUUCUCAGUGCCGACGGACCAUGCAGGUUGUUUCUAUACUGUGAAAAAUCCGAAUCCGGUUGCUUGUCAAUUAACGAUUUGCGUGUCACGGGGAAUUUGGCAUCAUUAAAAGACACAGAUUUGGAGACUGUGACAAUUUUAUAUUUUUUGAGAAAUAUAACUGAGAAGGAUGUAGAUGUGACAAAAAUGAAUAAAGAAAUAUUCUGUGGGGAACUCAAACAUAAUGCAAUUGAGACUCUGAAUACAUUGCUUUCGGAUAUUUAUAUUCCUCUUUUUAAAGCACAAAAGAACUGGGACCAGAGUACUAAAGAAACACAAACUGGUCUUGUCCAGAGCAUGGAGAAGUUUGUAAUUGCUCUAAAUGAAACAGCAGCAUCUAUGAACACAUCUACACAGUGGAUGCUGAAGCAACCAGAAUAUGUACUCAAUGACUUCAAACAGCAAAGAGCUGCAGCUUUAGACCCCCAGUUUAUUCAACAGUAUGAAGAACUUGUGUCAGACUGGGUGAACACCAUCGAUACCAUUCUGGCAGACACAACGGAUGAGAGGUUUUUGGACCCGAAUGCUGGCCCACUGUCGGAGCUGGAUCGUUGGCGUCGUCGGCAGAGACUGUUGACAAGUUUGACAGAGCAGCUGAAGAGCAAGGAAUGCAAAGCUGUGAUUGGUGUGCUCAUCACUGCAAAGUCUAGACUGUUGAAGAAAUGGAAAUCUGUCGAUGCAAGCAUCACCGAUGCUAUGAAUGACACGAAGGACAAAGUGAAGUAUCUCGAGUCACUUCGUCGUGCAUUUGACCACAUGUAUCACGAAGCCACACCUCACUCGAUCAUGAACAUUGCCAUCCCAGGUCUGACGAACAGCAUCAAACAGAUGGAUUCAGUGUCUCGCUACUAUGGCCGGGUUGGCUUUCUUGGACUGAUUUUAACAAAGGUGACUAAUCAGAUUGUCAUGGCAUGUAAAGAUCACAUCAAAUCCGCGACUGUGAGUGCAAUAGAUGACAAGGACAGACUGUGGCAGAAGAUAUCUGAAGAGGUUAAUGAGAAAGACAUAGUGACAACAGGUGACCCACAACAGAAGGUGCCACGGGGCCAAGUUGAGGCCAAGUCUAAGGUGUCACGUGGUAAAAGUAAGGAUGUGAAAGAAAUUGGAGUCAGUGAUGACAGCCUAUAUGGUCGACUGCGAGCCUGUCUGACACUGCAGGGCUUUUAUCGAGAAACUCUACGAUCACUUCGAGACUCACUAGGAAACACUCAGAAUCUGUCUCAUUUCUCAUCUGUUAGCAGUUUUAUUCAAGUCAACAAUAUAGGCACACGGCCACGAGGUCCCAGUGUGAAAGGAGCCCAGAGUACAUCCCCGUCACGACGAGCCACGUCCACAGUGGGAGAUGGGUAUGGACAUGGAGUUUCUCUGGCAGAUGAAGAUGCCAUCCUGCACCACAUGGACCUGUUCUGUAACCGGAUUAGACAUCUGCUUGAUGUCAUUAACACCAUUUCACAGUACACCAAAAUGGUCAAGACAGCCGCUUGUAUUCCACGACCAAGGAAGGAAGAUCUUAUGCCUGAUGAGGACCAAGAACUGGAUGAGAGAUACAGGUUCAAGAAGGUCAAGCCUGAACCAGUGUAUGUUCAAGAUACUGAUGAAACACCAACAGUUGCAGUGUCAGGCAGUACCUCAUCUCCUGACCGCAUUCUGGUUUCCAUCACAGAGGCUGACGAAAUUGUUGAUGAUCCGUCUGAUGCAGACCUCAAAGAUGAAAAGAACUCGACAAACAUCAGACGGGCAGAUGAGGCCUAUGAAGUGGAUUCAAGGGAAGGUCUUACAGAAGAGGAAAUCGAAGUUCUGAGAGCAUAUUACCCAGAGUUUGAGGAAGAUGAUGGACCAAGUAUUUCUACCAUUAUUGAAAUGCAUGUCAACAAAAUGGUUGGCUCAAUGGCAGAGAAUAUCACGACCAAAACCAUGUUGGAUGUUGAGUCAAAGGACAAUGACAAGUUUGAUGAGCACUACAAGAAAUUCAUUUUGGUAGUCCAAGAUUUAGAGACAUUUCUGUCAGCUUACCUUCAUGUGAUAUUUCUGAGAAAGAUGAAAACACAACAAGGGCUUGACAUCAUUACAAGAUUUACUCCCAUUCAAAACAGACCUGGAAUUCGUGGAUCGUUGGCUGAAAAAUUUGUCGAGAUUUUCAACUGGUAUGAAGGAGAUCUUGAUGAAGUUCAAAAAAUGUAUGAGCGCAACAAGGAACAUCCACAGACAGUGAGAAAUGCCCCUCCAGUAGCAGGCGCCAUCAGCUGGUCACGUCAGUUACUGAAGAGGAUUGAAGACCCAAUGAAAGUGUUCCGUGACAACAAGGCAGUCUCACAGUUGUCGGACUUCAGUCGAAUUGUUCGCAUUUACAAUCGACUUGCAACUGUUCUAGUCACUUUUGAAAGUUUGUGGUUCACCCAAUGGAAAAACCGAAUUGACUUGGCCAGGGCUGGUUUGCAGGCAACUCUUUUUGUGCACCAUCCGCUGACUAAUGAAAUUGUAGUCAAUGCUGAUGAGAGAGUUUUAGAGUUAAUCCAUGAGGCCAAAUGGCUGACCAGACUCGAAGUUCCGAUUCCGGAAUCAGCAGCAGCGAUUAUGCAGCAGGAAGGCCGCUUCAAGAACUACAAGAGUCACCUGGAGUUGGUGUUGACCGAGUACCGGAAAGUGUGCAAGUCCAUUCCCGAGCCACUGCGCAAACUGUUCACAUCACACAUGGAGUUUGUAGAACAACAACUGCAGCCAGGACUAGCCACCCUGGCCUGGAACAGCAUGAAUAUUGAUGCCUUCCUACAUCAGAUUCAUUCAGCAACAAUGGCGUUGAAAAACCUGGGACAGAAAGUGAAUGAUUUGAUGGAGAGCAAAGUGACCAAUGUCAUCAACAAGAUUUCAAAAUUCUCUCUCUUUGACACUGAGACUGCAUUCUCAAAAACUUGGCCUCUAGAAGAGUUUCGAACCGAGAUGCUAUCAAACAUCAAGCUCCAUUCUUCCACACUAAAACAGUAUGUGGACACAGUCUUGGAAGGGCUACAGAGUGUGGCACAUAUUUUGACAACUAAGAAGCUCGCUGAUUGUAAGAACCCUGUUCGUGGUGCCAACCUGCUUGUUAAUGCAAGGGCACAAGGGCAGAAGAAAAACACGACUGAUGUUGCCAAGACGAUCAAAGACAAGAAAUAUUCCUUGAUGACUGAUGGAAAUGAUGUGGCAAAAGAUAAACUUAAAGCACAGAAGGAUGAAGCACUCAUGAUUGAACUUAUUAAUUACUACCGGGACCAGGUCUAUGAGGCUGUACUCAGUGCAACUUGCCAGUCACUUGCCACGCUAGCUGAAGCCUCUGGGUGUGGCAUUGAGAUCGAAGCACGGCCCAUCAGUUCUGCGUCUCAGUUCUCCCCUGAGGCCAGUCCUCCCUCCUCUCAUCGUUCCAGCAGACCAACAAGUCGGGUGGUUUCAGCUACCACGGAACGAACAGCUUCAGAAAUGUCUACUGUAAGCUUGUCUCAUCUCUCAAACAUGAGCUGGUCAGUGGUCUCCAAGCCAACUGACUUGUUUCUACAGUUUGAAAUUAUGGUAAAAUUCAGCAUCCCAAACAUCAUCGUUGAACCCACUUUGAACGUUGUUCAGAUUGCUGUGUCAGAUGUUGCUAAUGCCAUCAUAGAAGCAAACAAAGACAUGAGCUGGAAGUAUACUGGAUCACAGCCGUCUUUCUACGAGUACAUCACUGAGAAUGAAAAAGUGAAAGAAAUGCAGUUGCAGCUUUCAUCUGUUAUUGAUGAACUGAAGCCACUUGUGCACAGACACAUCUUCCACUUCAGCUACUACAAUUUCUUGUGGAAGGACGACAUGCAUGGCAACUUCUACGAGUUCAUUCAGGCUGAUCCGGGAAUAGUGGCCAUCAAACGUGAAGUGGAGCGCUUCCUGUACAUAGAAAAGAAGGUGCUUGGAAUCCCCAGUGUGCUGCCCAUUGGCCCCAUAUGUCUGAUCACAGACCCAAUCAAGGAUGCUUUGCACGGUUUCUCCAUGGCCUGGAAGACAAAAUUUGCAUCAGUGCUUCAUGAAGAAGCUAAGAAAAAGCUAGAUGCGGCAGUGUCCUACAGACAGAAUGUGAAAACUCGUUUAGAAAACUAUGUCGGGACUUUGGAUCAGCUAAACAGUGCUCUGCAUCUUUUGGAGGAACUCCGAGACAUGGAAAACAAGAUAGAUGGCAUCUACUUGCCCAUUGAAACCAUGUAUUCCAAAUUAAGAGAGUUUGAAUUGCGUCUUCCCCGAAAUGAGGUUGAAGAGGUUGACCAGCUUCGUGACAAGUGGGUGGAAUUGAUGGAACUGGCGGAGGAGGUUCGAGAAAUUCUACUGAAGGACAGACGUGGAGCUUUUGAGCAGGAAUUGGAUAAACAAGUCAAGACAUUUGUAGUUGAAGUGAUUCAGUUCCGUAAUGCAUUUGAUGCACAAGGACCUGCCGUUCCUGGCAUUCCGCCAUCAGAAGCUGUGUCCCGGCUGCAGGACUUCCAGUCGAGGUGUACGCACUACGAUGCCAAACGACGAACACUGGACUCUGUAUCUAAGCUCUUUGGUAUUGCCUGCAAACCAUUCCCAGAACUCGAUAGAACUGGAGAGGAGUUGGACUUGCUGAGUCAGCUGUAUGGACUGUUCCAGAAGUUUAUCAAGUUUGACACCAAGUUCCGAGAUACACUGUGGGCAGAAGCAGACUUGGAAGGUGCCUCUGAAGAGGUUGAAAUGUACUGGGAUGAAUGUCUGGCUCUGCCAAGUAAACUGAAAGACUGGGAUGCAUACAAUGAUCUCAAGACCAAACUACAAACGUACCUGGAAGUGUUCCCAUUGCUGCAUAAUCUAGCAUCAAAAGUUGAGAAUAAAUUUGGUUUGACAGAAAUCCGCAACCGUCACUGGCUGCAGGUGAUGCAGGUUACAGGCAGUUCAUUCCAGCUUGAGGGAAACAUUUUCAAACUCUGUCACCUGCUGGACAUUGGACUCAUCAAAUACAAAGGAGAGAUGGAAGAGAUCUGCCGAGGAGCCAGUCGUGAGUUGGAGCUUGAGAUCAAGAUGAGGAUGACCGAGGAGGAAUGGACGGAACAGGUGUUGAACUUUGAGCACUACAAAAAGCGGGGUCCCAUGUUCCUUGACAAGGCAUUCACCGAGCGUCUGCUCGAGCAGUUGGAUGAUGCCCAGGCCCUGCUGGCCAGCAUGCUGACGUCACGCUACAUUGGACCGCUGCGUGACGAGGCCGCCUCAUGGGCAGAAAAGCUCAAGGAAGUGGCCGAAGUCCUCGAAUUGUGGCUGGAGGUGCAGGAUCUGUGGCAGUAUCUGGAGGCGGUGUUCAGUAACAGUCUGGCUGUUAGGGAACUGCCACAGGAAGCUAAACGAUUUGCAAGAAUUGACAAAGGAUGGACAAAGAUGAUGAAAAGAGCAUUUGACACCAGAAAUGUUUUACAGUGUUGCUAUGGUGGUGAGGUACCCAAAGCAGUAGUGCUGCGGCACAUCUUUGAGGAAUUGGAAAUCUGUUUCAAGUCAUUGGUUGGGUAUCUGGAUAACAAGAGAAGGGCAUUUCCAAGAUUCUACUUUGUCUCUGACCCCAUCCUGCUGUCUGUACUCAGCCGUCCCAAUGACCUGGAGUCAGUUCGUCCACAUCUGAGGUCUGUAUUCAGUGAGAUAUUUGAUGUGAAGCUAGCAAAGGCUGUGGAUGAUGACGAUGAGGAUCGUCAGAAAACUCCUCGCAGCGCCCAUUCCCUUCAUGAAAAAAGUCGAUCGGCUAGUGUUUCUCCAAUGGCGCGGCAUGACACACCACCAAGAAUCGACAAACGUCUCACACAUGUCUAUGACGUAAGUGACAAGGAGCAACUAGCUUCACCCACAGUUCAUGUUCUUUCAAAGGAAUCACCCUAUAAUGAACUGCCAUUAUCCAAAUCAACAUUCUGUUCACCCAUUCGUCAGUCAUUGCCAAAAACAGAACACUCAUUAUGUCAACCAGAGUUUCAAUUAUCAUCAUUGGUAACAAGAAUACCUAGUCAUUUACAUAGUAUGAACCCAACCUUGUUACAGAAUGUUCCAACCAUGCUCCCGUCAGAAGGUCUGGUUGAUGAUGUCAUUGUUAUGGAUGCUAUUGCUGUUCAGAGUGCUGAUGGUGAAAGUCUCACUCUCCAGGAUAAGGUAACCCUGGUUGAUGGAGUUGAAGUUUGGCUGAGCAAAUUGCGAGAUUCUGUUGGCAAAACUCUUCAUGAUAUGAAUAUCAGUGUCAUCCAAGACUGCAUAAACGGGGUUCCAAUGGAUGAAUUUGCUGCAAAGUAUCCAGCACAAGUUUGCCGAAUGGGCAUGUUGUUUUUCUGGACAAGAGAGUGUGAGGUAGGGAUAACAGAAGUCAAGUAUGACAGAAAAGCACUGCAGAUGACACUGAGGAAACACAUUACAACAACUAACAAACUGUCAUCAGUGCUUACCAAAGGGGCAUGGAAAACUAUCGAUGAUCCAAUGCUACCAAUGCACAAAAACAGACUGGAAUGUAUGAUUACACAAUCAUUGUACUUGCGAGACACUCUGGACAUCAUAGUUACCAGGAAACUGCGAGAAGUAACCGACUUUGAGUGGAGAAGAAGCAUCAGGUGUUACUUGCAACCCGUAGAGGAAGAAGUGGAGCCUUUGAUCUGGAUUUUGGAUACUUCCUAUGAAUAUGGCAACGAGUUCUAUGGCUCCAAUGUCGGUGUGGCCAUCACACCUGUGUCAGAGAGAUGUUUCUUGACAAUGUCUCAGGCUCUUUCUCAGUGUCAAGGCACCUGCUUCAUCGGGCCUACAAAUGUCGGCAAGACUGAGAACAUCAAGGGCUUGGCCAACAUUCUUGGUAACUUCAUCGGCAUGUUCCAGUGUUCUGCAUUCUUUGAUCCAGUGAGCAUUGGCAAGAUAGUACAGGGAAUGGCAAUGGAUGGAUGCUGGGGUUGCUUUGAUGAGUCUCACAAUCUGAACAGAGAAGCAAUGGCCGUCCUCUUGGACCACGUACAGUGUAUUCUGUCAGCCCUCAAGUGCAAACAAGGAUUCAUGUCACUGCUGGAUGGACAGGAGAUCCCAGUUCGAAAGACAGUCGGCAUAUUCAUGACAGCAGACUCCUUGGCUGGGCCACCAUCACCAUCAGCUGCAAUGCCCAUCAAUGUGGGGGAGUCAUUCAGGAUGGUCACACUGAUGAAGCCAGACUUCUCACAGAUCCUGAAAGCCAAGUGUGCGGCACUCGGCUUCCGAUCUCCUGCAGUACUUUCAUCUCGGCUCAAAGUCAUGACAGAACUUGUCAAAGAUCAGCUACCUCAGCAGUUUCAUCAUCAUUUUACCAUUUCUGCACUCGUUGGUACCUUGAAGAGAGCCGCCCAGAAACGUAGAUUAAUCCGAGACGACAAAACCAGUGACCGACAGGAGAAGAAAGAGGACACUUCCCGCUCAAACAGUCAGGCUUCGGAGGCAACAUCAUCACGGCCAGCUGCUGCAGCUAUGGCUGCAACAUCCUCGAAGAUUGGACUGUCAGCACAAAGGAAACCAGGAACUCCAAAUCCCCUGUCAGCCGCAGUAAAACAGGAACAUGCUCUGGUGUGCCAAACUCUGGAGGAGAUUAUUGGCCCCAGACUGACAGCCAAGUCCAUGGGUUUGUUUAAGACGAUCUUGAAGGACUGUUUCAGUGGCCUUCCUGAGCCACCCUCAGUUCAGAACAUCACAUCAGCCAAAUCACGAGGCAUCGAGAUGGAGACUCUUCUAGAGAACAAGGCUCAAGAUGUUGGUUUGGUGCCCAGCAAGCCAUUCAUCAGCAAGUGUUUGCAGCUGCAUAACCUCUACCAGGCUUACCAUGGAAUAAUAGUGGCGGGUCCCCCUGGCAGUGGUAAGACGUCUGUGAUAGAGACUCUGGUGGAGUCGCUGUGUACGUCUCCACGGGGAAUGUCCCGCAGCUCCAUGUCCAGCAAGACCUCCACGCAGACCGAGAUCAUCCACAAACUGCUCAAGAUCAACCCCAUGGUGGUUGACGACUCCGACCUGAUGUUCGGCUACAUCAAUCAGAACCACGACUGGGUGGAUGGCAUAUUCACCACUGCGUGCAGGAAAGCCAAUAGGAAUAUCAGUGUCACAUGGCUCUGUCUUGAUGGUCCACUUAAUGCUGGGUGGGCAGACAAUUUUAACAGCAUUCUUUCAGGAGACAAGACACUUCAUCUGAAGAAUGGCGACAAACUGUUUUUGUCAGACAACAUCAUCUUAUUGUUUGAGACGGAUAAUCUGACCACUGCUUCACCAGCUACUGUUGGCAGAUCGGGGAUCCUGUACUUGGACAAAGAUGUUGUUGGAUGGAAACCAAUUGCAAAGGCUUGGCUAGAGAACAGAACACACCAAGAAGUGCAUCUGGAUGGAGGACUUUCAAUAACAGACAAGAGCUUAUCGGGGAAAAGUCAUGCGAACAUUUGUGAUCAACUGAUUAAUUCACAAAUGACUGUUAUGCCAUACGAAAGCCGUACAUAUCGUUAUUUGAAGAACAUGCUGGUGCUUCAAAGAGCUUUUCAGAAAACUCUGGAUCCAAUUUCUCAGUUUGUUCUGCAUGAAGCAAGACCAAAAGUCAGUCUUUGUGAGGUUGGCAUGUUUAAGACUUGCUUGUCUCUACUGUCGGCAAUGCUGGCAGACAACAUAGAGAUCGGAGGGGAGCAGCACAUUGAGCGAGUCUACCUGUUCUGUCUCAUCUGGACGUUUGGCGGGUUGCUUGAUGCCAACGAUCGCAAGGCAUUCAGUGACCUGCUCAAGACAUUAUCCACUGCACUACCAGAUGAUGAUCGAGAUAUCUGCGUCUUUGACUACUAUGUUGAUGAAUCUGGCGAAUGGGACCCUUGGCAUUCAAGAGUGCCAGAAACCAUGUUUGCUGAUAAACAAGACAUGCUGGGUGAAGUAUUUGUAGACACGAUGGACACAAUCCGAACUCGGAUACUGAUAGAGUUUGCUGCUGCUUCGGGUCAGAAUGUGUUGCUUGUUGGACCACAUGGUUCAGGAAAGACAUCCCUCAUCAAUGACUUUAUUGAUGCUCAAGAUCCUCAGCUAUCUGUGUGUAAGAGACUUGUCUUCUCUGGUGCUUCCACAGCCAAACAGCUUCAGCAGUUCAUCGAGUCUAACAUUUACCACAGACAAGGAUUUGUGUAUGGAGCCAAGGAGAACAAGAAGCUGAAGGUGUUUAUUGAUGACGUCAACUUGCCCGUGCCUGAUGAUUACGCAGUUCAGAGAUCUAAUGAGUUGCUCAGACAGUUACUGGACGAUCACAUCUUAUGCACAUUACAAAGUCCAUUUGAAUGGAAAACUGUUGAGGGUUUGACAGUGAUAUCUGCCAUGGCUCUUAGUGAUUACCCAGGAAUGAAAAAUCAACUCAUAUCUGAAAGACUUCUGCGACAUUUUGCUGUGUUCAGCAUGCAGGCACCACAAGAUGAUUGUCUCAAGGGCAUUGUUCAUGGGAUUCUUGAGACAAAUAUGACUGACCAGGAUGCCCCUGGCCUUGACAUUGAUCUUCACAACAACAUAGUUGCUGCUUCAUGCAAGAUACUGACAGCACUGCAGAGUGUUCUUCGACCAACACCAAUGCCUGGUCGAUAUCACUACCUCUUCACUCUAAAAGACCUUGCAAAGUGUUUUCAGUGUUUGAAAAGGUUGCCUGAUGAGAGCAGGGCUGAUGAAAUGAUGGUUGUGUCUCUGUGGAAACACGAAAUGGUGAGGAUUCUUCGAGACCGUCUCAGUCGAACGUGUGAUAUCAACUGGUUUGACGAUCUUCUUGAAGAAACAAUCAGUGAAGAUAAAGAGACAUGGCCAAAACUUGAAGGUACAAUGCAUGAGUAUUUUGUUACUUUUCCAAUUGAUGCCAGGAUGUAUCAGAGGCCUGUCACUUCUUUGGGAUCAAAGCCAUUAAAGGUGGUUCUGCAACCCAUUGAGAAACUGUCUGAUAUGCAUAGCUGUCUCAACACCCACUUGACUCGCUACAAUGAAGAGUUUGGCAACGUCCGUCUCAACAUCAUGCUGUCUGACUACAUCAUUGCCCACGUCAUCAGAAUGCACAGGAUCAUCAGCUUCCAUCAUGGAGGAAAUCUCUUGCUGAUCGGAGCUGUUGGGUCUCACCUGGCAACACUGUGCCGUCUGGCCCUUCAUGUUGCUGAUAUACCCAUACAUAAAGUUGAUACAGGGAAACAAAGCAACUUCUUUGACGGCAUACGAUCUGCUGUGAGGAUGACCGGGUCGGAAGGAAAGAGCAUCACUCUCAUGUUUACAGGCCGUCACUUGGUUGAUCCAGUGUACUUGGAUGCUAUCAACAGUCUUUUGAUCAGUGGAGAAUAUCCACACCUGUUUUCUAACGAUGAGAUGGAUGGACUACUACAGGCAUUACAUCCAGCCAUGAAGCGGGAUUUUCCCAACAUGACCGUGGAUCCGAUGAAGUUGUUUGUGGCCCGAGUGAAAAGUAACCUGCACAUACUCAUAUGUCUCCCACCAAACCAUGAGCUGCUGAAAAAUGCAUCUCAGCAGUACCCAGGUCUGUUGAGUGGGUGUCAGAUAAAUUGGAUGUGUGACUGGCCACAGGAGAGUCUGCUGGGAGAAGCGACGUAUUUCGUCACCAAGAACCAGCUGGCAGAGGAGUUUGAGGAUCUCAGCGAGAAUGUUACCUCAUGCCUGGCCAACAUCCACAGUUUUGUGAUGCGUGACUGUAAGCAGAUGCCCUGGGCUGGGGACCUAGGUCCGGAUGUCAACCUCAGUGUGGUGAAGGUUAAUGAGAAGAAGAAGGACCAACUCAAAGUCCAUUUCAUGAAGGUUCCAAACUUUCCAUACUCCAAGACCAUCUUGCAGGAACGAAUCAACUCAUCUGACAGAAACAAGGAUUCAAGGUUAAAGCAUCGAGAUCCCAUGCUUACUGCUAGGAAUGAGAUUUACGUUGGACCAACUACAUACAAGAGAUUCAUGGAUUGCUUCCACCACCUGUACAGCAAGAAGUCAAAAGAAAGAACUGAAGUUGUUGAAAAACUUAAGAAAGUAAUUGCCACUCUUGAUCAGACACGAACAGAUGCAAAAGCAAUGAAGAAGGCCAUAAAAAGUUUGACAGAAAAGUUUGAGGAUUCAAAGAAAAAGACUGCCACUCUGCUAUACCAGUUGUCACAGAAGGCUACUGUGCUGGAAAAGCUAAAGGCAAAGGUUGGACUGAGCACUUCACUGCAUGCGUAUCUUAAUCUGAAUGAGAUGGAGACCAAUGAGGAGGAAGGAGAUGAGCUUCUCAAGGAAGAGGAGUAUGAUGACUAUGAUGUGGAGUUUGAUAAGAUGCGCGAGGCCACUCUGAAAACCAGAGUGGUGCAGGCAAAGGACGAGCAUGCACAAGCACUCGUACAGCUUGAGAAGUGUCGACAGGAUCUCGAAUAUGGACGACAGCAGGUUGUUCAUUGGAAGAGCAAGGUGGAUCGGCAGUGCAUUGAACGGCUGAAGGCAUUCUCAAAUCCUCCUCAGCUGGUGGGUCAGGUCAUGGAGAUGGUGAUGACCUUGAUUGGUAAGCGUCUGCCAUCUCAGAGAAUCCAGGAAAUCCACUCCCCUCACAAGGAUGACUUGUCUAGCAGAAUGUCUUCAAGUUCCAGCAGCGUAAAAUAUGUUGUUAAGAAACCAAAGGGUAAAGAGGCAUCAGAAAGGUUUGAUAAAACACAGUGGAAGCAGAUGCAGCUAACUAUGUCAGAUUCCACCAAGUUUGUAGACAUGCUGCACAAUGUGUCAUGGGAAGAUGGCUUACCAGAAGAUGUUCUUACAGCUGUGGAGAGUUACCUCUGUGUUGGCAAAGAUGGUCAGCUUGGCGUCACAGGAGAAGGAUCUCUCCUUGAUAAUGCUGCAGAUAAAUCUUGGAGUGCUGUGAAGCGAACACCUUCUCCGGACAAUUCUAAAGGCAUCUCGAUCGCAGCUGCCAAAUUUUCCAGUGAAGACUGUGCUGUUCUCGUACAGUAUACAAUUGCCAUUGUUGAGUACUCCUGGCUGUGUGGACCUCUUAAAGCAGCAUUGGAGCGCCUUACUGAGCUGGAGAGAGAGAUUGAAGAAAAUGAACGACUGCAGAGAUUGCAAGAGGAAGAGUGGUCGAGGACACCUUUAUAUCUGAAUGCAAAGCGUGUGCACAUGAAGCCUGAAGAGGAACACAUUGCGUCAAGUCCCGAGCCCGAGGAAGACCUGUCUGAGGCCGACUUGCCAGAUGUCCAGAGUGAAGUGAAUGCUCUCCAGAAGCAGUUUGACCUGGCGGUGGUGGAGAAACACUCUCUGGAGAUGGAGUUACGCUCUAUGAACGAACGUCUCAAAGCUGCAACUGAAAUUGUUGAAAGCAUGAAGGACCAAGAACAUGGAUGGCGGCAGUAUGUGAAAGACAAUGAUUGCAAUGAGUUGUUGCUGAGCAACUGUAUUGUGGCAUCUGCUUUCUUAGUGUAUUGUGCAGCUGUUGACAUUGACACGAGGAAACGGAUGGGCGAGUUCUUUAUGCAUGUCUGUGAACACCACAAACUACCGCUACACCCGAAACUGCUCUUCAAAAACAUAGAGCUCAUUGAAUUCCUUUACUCACCUCUUGAUGUCAUGCGUCUAGACAUUCAGAAUCUGCCCACGACUCAGCUGAUGUUGGAGAACGCAGUGUUUCUCAUGCAGGAGGAGAGUAUAACAGCCUGGCCAAUGAUCUGUGACCCGACGUCUCGCGUUCUCAACUGGCUGCACUGCUACUUCAAAAACACAGAGAUGGUCGAGACAAAGUAUCAUGAAAUGAGAUCACAGCUUGAAAACUGCUUGGCUGAUGGUACUCCACUCCUUGUAACAGACUGUGAUAUCACCGAAUUGGUGAACGACAGACGAUUCCGAGACACCAUUCGUUCCAGCUACAGGUUUAUUGGUGGCAAGUCUCGCUUCAAAGUCAUUGUUGAGGACCAUGAGGUGGAGUGUGACCCGAACUUCCGUCUGUACCUGCACACAACCAUCGAGCCGCACCAGCUACACCAGCAUCUGGCCGCCUACACGACCGUCAUGUUCUUCCAGCAGAGUCGCAGGGACAUGGAGGAAGAACUGCUCAACGCAUUCAUGUCGCAGGAGAAAUCUCGACUGGAAAACGAGAGAACCACUCUCAGACUGGAAAAACUGGAGAACAUGGAACAGUUGCAUCAGCUGGAUCAGCAGAUGAGAAACCAGCUGUCGAGUGAUGUCCGACUCAUGAAUGACCUUCAGGCCACAAAGAGGUUGGCUGACCUCAUGAAGCAGUAUGAUGAAACACUGGAGAGUGAAAGUCGCGUGGAGGCGAAUGAGAGUUCCAUUAUGAAAGCCCGUGAGAUGUACCGAUCGCUGGCCCAGCGAGCUGCAGUAUGUUUUGACACAGCUCAGUACAUGAGAGAACUGAACCCCAUCUACCAGAGCUCCUUCAGCAAGUUCCAAGCUCUCUUCCUGUCCGCGGUCAGUCACUCAGAAAGGUCUGCCGUGAAAGCUGUGAUAGAGAAACUCACUUACAGUGCCUACACAACAUUUGCAAGGUCUCUACUUGAAAGAGAUAGACUUAUUUAUGCCUUGCUGCUUGCUAUAGAGGUUGAGGAAUCUCAAAACCGUGUUGGUCCUGGUGAGAGGGAAUUUUUGAUCUCACCAAACUACAGCUCGGUCGUGAUGUCUUCACUGGGUUUUACCCAGUCUCCAGACAGCCGCAUCGUGCAGGCCAAGAAACCAUUUGACUGGAUGACUGAUGACCAGUUCCACAAUCUGCAGGUGCUGGCCACACAUCUGGAGUGGUUCCAGGAGAUGUUUGACCGCAUGCCAAAAGAUGGCCGCGAAACGCAGUGGCGGAACCUCUGUGAGUGCGAUCAGCCUGAAAACAUGCCACUGCCAGACAAGAUGGACGAUGUGUACAAACCUUUACAGAGACUGUGUGUCAUCAGAGCAGUGAGAAGUGAUCGGAUCAUUCAGGCUUCAACAACAUUUAUUGUCCAGGUCCUUGGAAAACAAUACAUUGGUGAUGUAGCCAUCGACCUUGCCACCAUGGUAAAACAGAGCAGUCCGACGAUGCCGAUCAUGUUGCUGUUUUCUCAUGAGUCUCAGAUGUCUGCCAAACUGUUUACUGACUUCGCCAACAAAAAGCAGAUGAAGAUGAGCAUGAUCAACCUGACAGACAGCAAUGCCACCACUGAGAGAGCAGUCAGAAGACACAUACUGAAGGGAAUGACCGAGGGUAGCUGGGUGCUUCUUCACAAUGCUCAUAAUGCUACCAGUCUGCUGAGCUCGAUUGAAUCCUUGCUGGCCGAGAACCCAGAACAAACAGAUCCUCAGUUCCGACUGUGGCUGUCAUCUCAAGUUCCUUCCACGUCCAAGUCAGGUGACAUUAACAUCCCUGUCAGGCUGCUGCAGAAUUCAGUUCGAGCCAUCAUUGACUCGCCUAAGGUGAUGAAGGACAGCCUGGUCCGCUCGUUCAGCUGGAUGGAGCCGGACAUCUUCAAACAGUCCAGUCGGUCUGAAUGGCCUGUGAUGUUACACAAUCUGUGUUACUUGCACGCUGCCAUAUCACUGAGGUCCAGGUUUGGACUAGGAGGCUGGAACACUCCAACCGAUUUCCAUCAGAUUGGCUACAGUGAGCUCUUGGAAUCGAUCAACUACACAGUGGGUGAAUUCAAGGAGCCUCUCUUCAUGGUUGGUCCAGAUGGAGGACAUGUUUCCAGGUCAAUCUCUUGGACCGGCAUAAGAUUUAUUUUAUCAGAGCUGGUUUAUGGCAGAUACGUAACUGACAGCUUUGAUAGGCAGUGUCUUAGUGCCUUAGUCGACUACUGGAUAUCCCCAACAGCUAUCAAGAAAGAUUUUGAGGUUGCUAGAUCUGUUAGAAGAGAAUACAAGCCAAACAAGAUCACUUUUAUUUUUGUCGAACCUAAAGUAAAGUACCGCCCCCCGCCAGUGUUCUUCAGCUCCAAUGUACGGCUGAACACAGUGAUUCAGGCACUGGAGAAUCUCAACUACCACUUCCUCGACACAGCAGAAGGUUGCCAUCUACAUCCCAGUGUAGAGUCACCAACAAAUGAUGAAACAAACUUGACUCUGCUAGGAGAUGACCAGUAUGUGUUUACAAGACUAAACAAAGUUUUCGAUGUGAUGCCAUCUUCACCCAGCCUCAGCCACAAACUCUUCCCCAGACCACCAAGUCCAUUUAUUGGUCCUGCCCUGGCCGGCGUCAGCACACAAAGUAACAACCCCGCUGUUGUCGGGAUGGGCACAUUCUCUACAGCCAGCUAUGCCACCUUUAAGAUGAGGAAAGAUGUAGAAUUGUGGGAAAUCUGCCAUUCCAUGCUGUCUAAAGUACCAAAGGCUUACAACAAAGAUUUUAUAACAGAAAGAGUGAAGCAGAAAGGAGGCUUCACGAUGUUCAACAACUUUAUCAUGCGUGAGUUGGAGUUGAUGUACAAACUUGUCACAGAAAUAAAAACCACACUCCAGGCAAUCAAGGUUGCGACUGAAGCCGACGUUCUCGGAGACCAGCUGUCGUCGGACCUCCUGUCAGCAGCAGAUGACCUGUAUCACCUGCGUAUACCUCAGACUUGGUGUCAGCUAGCAGGGUAUUCAGCACCCCCUCUCACCUGGGGUCUUGGCCAGUGGUUGAUCGAGCUGCACAAUAGAUGCCACCAUUUUGAGAAGAUUCUGUCAUUGGGUCGAGAGAAAAUGCCUGCUUACUGGCUAGGAGCAUUCUUUAAUCCAAGAGGUCUACUGGCUCUUCUAAAACUGGAGACUAUGCGAAGCUGCUCAAGUGAUCGAUCGUGGACGUUUGAGCCAUUUGUUUUUCAAACAGAAGUCACAUCGAGAGACAAAGAUCAUUUGCGUGACCCUCCACAAGAAGGGAUGUUUGUGUUUGGUAUUUACAUGUGGGGCUGUGCGUGGGAGAAGACGACCGGGGAGCUACUGGAUGGUCCUCCACGCACCUCCUGUGCCUCGCUUCCCGUCGUACACGUCACCUGUCAUCCACUCAGUGACAAGCCCUCACUUCAGGAGCCCAACAGAGCAGCUGAAACGUUCUCCUGUCCAGUGUACCACUCCCGCAUAGCACCCCGUGAUUCGGUGUUCGAGAUGGAUGUCCGGCGAGAGGGAAUUCCCUCCACGAGAUGGGCACUAAGAGGUCUGUCGGCAACCAUCAGACCGUACUAAGUCAUCAGCCAGUUUAUUGUUAAACGUUAUUCUCGGAUCAAUCCAGUCUUUUAUAACAUCAGGAGCAUACUGAGCCAGGUUUCCUGUUGCUCAAACCAUUCUGAUUUGGUCAGAAGAAGUGAAAAGUAGUUUACUUCUUUCACGAGACAGCUGUAAUGUAGAUUCAUUUCUGAACUACUUUCUGUCAACUUGGUAUUGUUGAUAACAUGAUUUAAUUAAUAUUGAAUCAAGUGGUCAGAAACAUUUUUACAAUGCUAAAUAAAUUAGGUGUACCAUAUUUAUUUUAUGUAUCUGGAAAGACUUGCUGAUGUUACUGCUGCUGAAAAAAAUGUGAUAUGAUAAAUUAAGUAGUUAAUUUUGUGUGUGUGCAUUUUAUCUGUAUAUUCCAUCCAUAUAUGUAUAACCAAAGUACAUUUUAUUAUGGUAUUAUUGCAUUCAUAUUUAACCAAAGUAUAUGUUUAUACCCAAACAUAAAUAUUUACAUUAUUAUGCAUUAUAAAAGGUUUUUUUAGAUAACGACAAAAUAGAUUAUAAGAAAACUUGUUACAUUCCAAAAAUAUGUUAUUAUUGGAGUAGCAUUUGAAAAAUAUACUGUAAUAAAAUUACAUGUAUAAAUAUUCCAAAAAUUAUGGUGAUAUUUGAAAAACAAUGAAAAAAUACUUAUUUCUGUUGUGUGAAUCCUUUAUACAUAUUUAAUACAUAUUCCGUCCAUGAUAUAGUAUUAUUAUAUAAGCGUUUUGUUUGACUUUGUGUUAAUGUGGACACUGAUAUGACGGCCAAAACCAAUUUUAUGUACCGAGUAUGUAUUUUGGGUUUGGGUUCAUUUUGAUUAUUUGCCAAAAUGUUUAAUUUAUAUUAAACCAGUUUGUAUUGCUCAUAUUUCGUCUGAACAUUUCCAAUUAUAUUUACCAUUUCAAUGGUUCUAAGAACUUUUGUAUGGUUCAACUGCUUUAAACAGUUAAUAUAUAUUUAAAAUUGUGCACCAUUUUGUGCAUUUGAACUAAUAUAAAAUAGAGCAUUAUAGUAACUAAGUAAGUUUUAAAAGUACUUAAAACUUUUCAGACAUUGACAGAUUAUUUUGAUACCAUGGUGACCAGUAUAAUGAUUAUUAUAAUUUAUUAUUUAUAUUGUGUGGAUUUUGCUGCUGAAAUCAUCUUCCAUUGUUUAACAUUUACAUUUGUUUAUAAAAAAAACCAAGUACAUACUGCAAUUAUUGUUUGACGGUUUGUUUUAUGUCAGUAUUAUGAAUGGGUGGGCGUUCUGGGGUUUUUGUGCUAUUUAAAAUGUUUAUCGACAUAAAUUUACUUAAUUUGUGAUAAUAUUCUUGUAAAGCAUUCCAAAAUAAAGAAUUUUAUUUGA